AUGGAAAAGAUCCAGCAAUACCUCGCCCAGCUUCCGCCCGUCCCCCAGUCGGCCCAGUGGGUGCUGGCCGGCGUUGGGGCGCUGUGCCUGGCAUCCAAACUGCUGAGCUAUCUGCGGCUGGUCCUGAGCGCGUUCGUGCUCAGCGGCGUCAAUCUUCGCAAAUAUGGCAAGGCCGGGUCUUGGGCCGUCGUGACCGGUGCCUCGGACGGGCUGGGCAAGGAGUUUGCAAGCCAGCUGGCCGCCAAGGGCUUCAACCUUGUCCUCGUCUCCCGGACCCAGUCCAAGCUUGACUCCCUCGCCAAGGAGCUCGAGCAGAAAUACACGGGCAAGGGCCUGCAGGUCAAGACGCUGGCCAUGGACUUUUCCCGCGACGACGACGGCGACUACGAAAGGCUCGGCGAGCUGGUGCGCGGCCUCGACGUGGCCAUACUCAUCAACAAUGUCGGCCAGAGCCACAGCAUCCCCGUGUCGUUCCUCGAGACGCCCACCGAGGAGCUGCAGAACAUCAUCACCAUCAACUGCAUCGGCACCCUCAAGGUGACGCAGGUCGUGGGGCCCAUUCUCAAGGCGCGCAAGCGUGGCCUGAUCCUGACCAUGGGCUCCUUUGCCGGCUGGACGCCCACGCCGUACCUGGCCACGUACUCAGGCAGCAAGGCCUUUCUGCAGCAGUGGAGCAACGCGCUGGCGUCGGAAAUGGCCGAUGACCAUGUCGACGUGCAGCUGGUGCUGAGCCACCUCGUCACGACGGCCAUGAGCAAGGUCCGGCGCCCCAGCCUGCUGGUGCCGACUGCGCGCGGCUUCGUCAGGUCGGCCCUGGGCAAGGUCGGGCUGGGCGGGUACCAGUCGACGCCCAACACGUACACGCCGUGGUGGAGUCACUCGUUCAUGCUGUGGCUGAUUGAGAACGUGCCGGGCGUCAACAGCCCGGUUACCAUCUGGCAGAACAAAAAGAUGCACAUGGACAUUCGCAAGAGGGCUCUGCGCAAGCGGGAGCGGGACGCCAAGAAGCAGUAG